AUGCACUCCAGUACAGCUUUGUUUAAUCCGUUAUAUUUGCUCAUCACAAUUUCUCAAGCACUAUGUUUCAAUAAUGAAAUAAGGAGCCAAUUUCCUAUACUGAAUAGACCUGUAACUGAUAAGCAAAGACUAGUGUACCUUGACAAUGCUGCAGGGGCACAAGUGCCAGCUCAAACUAUAAAUGUUAUAAAGGAUUAUUAUGAACUGUACAAUUCGAACGUCUUCAAGUCUCAGCACUUCAUAGCGCAGCAGACGACACAACUAUACAAACAAGCAUUGGAUGAUAUUGCUAUGUUUAUUGGUGCAAAAGCUGAUAAUUUAAUCAUCACUUCAGGAGCAACUCAAGCAAUUCAAAUCGCUGCCUCCAGCAUAUCUCAUAAUUUUAACGAGGGAGAUGAAAUUAUAUUGUCCAAUCUUGAACACUCAAGUAACGUAAUACCGUGGAAGAUAUUGGCCCUUAAACAAAAAUUGAAUAUAAAAUACGCGAAAAUUGACAAAAAUGGUCAUGUAGACGUUGAUAAAUUGUUGAAAUUAAUCACUGGCAGAACAAAAUUAAUAUCCCUCGUAUACGCAAGUUCCGUGUUGGGUACACUACUUGAUACGGAAAGGAUUGCAUCUAUUUGCCAGCAAAAAAAGAUACUUUUUAUGCUAGAUGGCUGUCAAGCCUCGCCUCACCUUCUAAUUGAUGUAGGCAUUCUUGGUUGCGAUCUAUUUGUAUCAUCUGGGCAUAAGAUUUAUGGGCCGACUGGUGUCGGCUUUUUAUAUGCCUCUACUAAUAUAUUUGGCAAAUUGAUAUACCCCUUCAAUCAAUAUCAGACGAGUGGAGUUAGUCCAUUCAGUUUGGUCGAUUUUCAAGGUACUCCGCCCAUAGCACAGGUUCUAGGCUUGGCUAGUUCUCUCAACUUUUUGAAACAAAAUCUGCCACAAAUUAUCCCCUAUGAGGCGGAACUUCGUGAAUAUUUGGUUGAGCAAUUGUUAAUGGUACCGGGACUAGACGUGUAUAUGCAUGAUGGAAAGGUGCCAAUAGUGUCAUUUAAUAUAAAGAAUACCUCACCCAUUGACAUUUCUAUAUAUUUGGAUACUCUAGGAAUUGCUAUUCGAGCUGGGCAACAUUGUUCUCCCCUUUCUCAUAACUACCUAAACGUUCCCGCCACCUGCCGUGUUUCACUAGCCAUGUACAACGAUAAAAGUGACAUUGAUCGAUUAGUCAGUGGUUUGAAGCAAUUUGUCAGCAUUACGGCCGUUUGA